GCACAUUCGAUCGUGAUCACCCCACCACCUUUGGACUGCCACUGAGCUCAACCCACUGUCUCUGACCCAGAACGAAGACACAAUGUGCACACGGAGACUCAAAGAGCAAUACACAUAACCGUUAUACUUGGAGCCUAUCAUAUUUGGAGCGCGUCAGAUCACAACGUCCAAAAAAGCCUCACCUACCCACCGCCCAAACAUGCUGCUCAUCGGCCUGACCGGGUCCAUUGCCACGGGCAAAUCAACCGUCUCCUCCCUCCUCUCCCAGGCCCCUUACUCCCUCCCCGUCAUCGACGCUGAUCUGCUCGCCCGCAAGGUCGUCGAGCCCGGAACGCACGGCUACAAGGCCAUCGUCCGUUACUUUGGCCCUUCCACCCCGGACCUGUUGGUCCCCGCCGGUGAGGACAUGCCCGAGGACGGGCCCGACGGAAAGGGUCGCCCCUUGAACCGUCCCGUGCUGGGGAGGCGCGUGUUUGGGGAUGAUGACGAUCGCAAGAGGGACAGGGCGGUGCUGAACGGGAUCGUGCACCCUGCCGUGAGGCGCGAGAUGUUCAAGGCGGUGGUGCGCAACUAUGUGCGCGGGGAGAGGGCGGUCGUUCUGGAUGUGCCGCUGUUGUUUGAGAGUCGGCUGGAUCGGUUUUGUGGGACGGUCAUGGUGGUGGCCGUCCGGGACCUUGCGGUGCAGAUAGAGCGGUUGAGGAGGAGGGAUCCGCAUCUGAGUGUGGAGGAUGCUGAGAAUCGCGUCAGCAGUCAGGGCGAUGUGAGGGAGAAGGCCAGGCGCUGCGAGGCGAGAGGUGACAGGAGAGGUGUGGUGAUCUGGAAUGAUGCGGGGAGAGAGGAGCUGGCCGAAGAAGUAAAGAGGGCCAUGGAGGAGAUUGAGAGGUAUAGCCCGCGGUGGUGGAGUUGGAUGCUGUGGGCUUGCCCGCCGGCCGCGUUGGCUUUGGCAGUCUGGGGGUUUUGGAGGAACAUGAGGAUCAAUAGGACUUGGGAGAAGCAGGAGUUGAGGCGAAAGGCCAAGUUGUGAGUGGCCGGGUUGGGGUUACUGAGCGUGUUUCUGCGACGAUUCUUUUCUUGUCAGUUGUUAUCCAGCUGGUAGCUGCCCUCCCCACGCUCGGCGAUCAAGCGAUCAAGCGAUCGCAUUUGUGCACACCUGGCACAUAACUUCACUUUCUUCAUUGAGAGACAGCCAUCUUUCCUUUUCUUGCUCGCCUAGGUUUCGGCUGAUUUUAAUUGAGGCCAGAGAUUCCCAUCUA